UGUCGGACCAGGAAGUGUUACGGACCAGUUGGUGACGGCUAGACCUGUCCUUAAACUCAUAUGAAGCUUAGCUGACCUUACUGUUGUGUUAAAUACUUCAACAUAAGAAGUGUAUUAAAAGGGGGAAGUAACAGCAAACAUGUCUCUUGCAGCGGACGCCUUCGUGUCACAAAUGGCGGCCGCUGAGCCAUGGCCUGAGAGUGCAACUCUUUACCAACCGCUGAAGGAGGAUCAGAUUCUUCUGUCCGAGUGCGCCUCAUCCCUUGCAGUUCAGACCUACUUGCGAAUGUGUGGUCUGCCUGUGCAAGUGGUCUGUAAAGCCAAUGCUGAGUACAUGUCACCCUCGGGCAAGAUUCCCUUCAUUCAUGUGGGAAACCAGGUGGUGUCAGAACUAGGUCCAAUAGUGCAGUUCACCAAAGCCAAAGGUCACUCUCUGAGUGACGGCUUGGAUGACAUUCAGAGGGCCGAAAUGAAAGCGUACAUGGAGCUGGUCAACAACAUGUUGCUGACUGCUGAGUUGUACAUCCAGUGGUGUGACGACAGCACAGCUGCUGAGAUCACCCGUCCUAGGUAUAGCAGUCCCUACUCAUGGCCCCUCAGCACAAUGCUGGCCUACCAGAAGCAGUGGGAGGUGCGGCGGAAGAUGAACGCCAUUGGCUGGGGGGGUAAAAGCUUGGAGCAGGUAUAUGAGGACGUGAGUCAAUGCUGCCAGGCGCUCUCGCAGCGCCUCGGGACACAGCAGUUCUUCUUCAAUAAACAGCCGACGGAGCUGGACGCCCUGGUGUUCGGUCACCUGUUCACCAUUCUGACCACCCGGCUGACCAGCACUGAGCUGGCUGAGCGCGUGCGCAGCUAUGGGAACUUGUUGUCGUUUUGCAGGCGCAUCGAGCAGACCUACUUUGAGGACAGGACAUCUUGAGCCGGACGCCCCUGCCCGACCACAAUUGCGACGCUGAGAAACAGACUAUUCACACCCAUGCAUCGGAACUUCAUAGAAAUCGAGAACAAACUGCUGGUCCCCUCCCCCGCGGACAUAUUUAUUGUUAUACCAAUUAUUAGCACUUUUUGUUAAUCCAAAGUGACAAGUGUCUUACUUCGUUUGGACAACAAACAGCACAUGAAUAUAAUGAUUAAGUGUGUUACUAUGUUUUCUUUGUGAAUGCAAAGUGCUACAAAAAUAAAAGUGAUUGCAUUAACGAUGCAAAUCUGCA